UGGCUCUCAGAUAAACGUGUUUCUAGCAAGAUGAUAUCAUUAAAAGUUACACAAAGUAACGGUUUAAUAACACAAACGCAGGAAACACGUGAGCUGCUAGAUUAGCAAAAGCAGUGUCCCUAGCAACCUGACGUCGUUGAAACAUGCGAGCGAGCCGAUAAAAUCUUCCUAAUAACUAUAAAACUAAAGAUCAGACACAAUCACUGACUGAAGAUUAUGCAAGUAAAAAGUAUAUUUCUCGCUAGAAAUGUUAUUAGAAACACGUUUAAUGGUGAUUCUGUCCUAAAAUAUUGCAUUUCCCAUUCAGAUAAUAAACAUUAAUAAUGAUCAUACACAUUCACUUACUGGAGAUUAUGCAAGGAAAAGGUAUAUUUCUCGCUAGAAAUGUUAUUAGAGGCACGUUUGAUGGUGUAUCUGUCCUAAAGUAUUGCAUUUCCCAUUCAGAUGAUAAAGAUUAAUAUAGGCUACAUAACAACUUUUAUCAGACGCUUUUAACCAAAGCGACUUACAAUAAGUACAUUUGUCAUAAGAAGUGCAACAAUAUAUCGCUGUCGGUACAGUAAGGAUGUUCAUAGAACCAAGUGCAAGUUCAACAAUCGCUAGGCUAACCAAUUCCCCGUGUUACAGCAAUGAUAGCAGCUACACAGUUAAGUUCUAUAAUACAAUACAACACAAUGCUACACAACAUUGCUACACAGUUAAGCACUAUAAUACAAUACAACACAACACAAUGGUGGCCAGAAGGGGGACUGUGGCUAUGCAGAGUCAAGGUGGACUCUGAACAGGUGAGUCUUGAGCCUUUUUCGGAAGAUAGUGAGCGACUCUGUGGCCCUGUGAAUGGCAGGGAGUUCGUUCCACCACUGAGGUCCCAAAACCGAGAAAAGUUGUUACUUUGCUGAUCGACCUUUGCUAGCUCUUAGCGAUGGCGGUACCAGACGUCCAGCUGAGGUAGUUGAGCGGAGGGAUCGAGCUGGGGUGUGUGGCUUUACCAAUGCUUGGAGGUAGGCAGGGGCAGUUCGAUCGACUGCCUUGUAUGCCAGUACCAUCGUUUUAAAUUUGAUGCGAGCUACUACAGGUGUGGUAGAAAUUAAUGAUUAUAUUCUAUGGUAAACUGAUUAUUAUGAGGUAUUUUAUACCUAAUAGUGGAAAACACACGGUGCCUAGGUGUCUGGGUUUAGAACAGAUGGAGCCCCCCCUAAAAGGAGCAGGGCUAUCUUUGCAGACCAUUUGUUGUCUAUUUUCUGACCAUUCAGGUUAAAGUGGAUUUAUGACUGACUGGAGGCAGACACCUCAAGGAGAAGCUGCUCUGUUUGUGUGUAUAAAAAGACGCCACAGUUUGUGAACGAGAGUGACUCUUAAGACCCUACUCGGCUGUUAUCGUUGUUGUUUUUCUGCACGAUAAAGUCUUUUGUCAAUUCUUGCUCCGGACCCCUCGUUUUAUUUUACUCUCUCUCUCUUGAAUUAGCCUAAGUGUUUUAAAUCUCGAUUAAUCCACGACAUAAUUUGGCGUCACGACCAGGAGGAAAUAGGGACUCUCCAGCUGCCGGGCCAGAGGACGGGACUCGAACGGAUCAUACGACCAGAGCUCAAGGGUAAGUUGUCUUGCCAUAUAUAGGAUAGAGUCGUUUGAUCUGUUCUUGCCCCGUCUGAAACGCUCAGCAGCAGGUAAAGUGUCUCUUUGAUCAAACGAACUAAAAUUAUAGAUAAAUGAGCGAGUGAGAGAUACGGGGGCUCCGCGGGAAAGAUUGACGUGCGCGCGCACAUGGGCCAUACGCGCGUCUGUGGUUCUAAAUGACCAAGACGCUUUGUGGCUCCCUAUUUUGAUACGAGUUGUUGUUAUUUGGUGUUUUGGUGUUUUGGUUAAGUAAGCUUACUGUAAGUCCUGUGACUGUCUUGUGGAGGAACGAAUUAGUGGAAAGUUCUAACAAGGACAGGGCCAGCAGGCCCGCAGGUCGAAAGAAACAGACCUGUAGGAUCUUUUCUGACAGUAUCCUAUUUGGGGUUGAGUUGUCAGUUGGGAAUUAAUUCAGUCAUUUUUAUUUGAGGAGCUUUCUUGGGAUACUGACUAGUGAAUUUUAAAUGCUCAUCUUGGUGCAGUUGACCUGCAGAUCCUACACCAGGUGAAUUUCUGAUUCCGAUCUUGCUAUUUUGAGAAAACAGGCUUCUCGCACUUUUUGAAUAGAUAAGUCUCUUGGUUGGGAUACCGCUUCAGGGGCCGGUAUUUCAAAAUGAUCCGACAGGAUUAAUCCACCUGGAUUGGAUUAAAUCCUGAUCAGAUCCUAAAAACGGGUAUUUCAAAGCAAAUCUGAUCCUGAAGAUUCAGAUUCAGAUUUGGCAAUCCAAUCCUGCCUUUGAUCCGGAUUAAAAGCUGCUGUUGAGUAUUUCAAAACUUAAGUGGGAAAUCUGGAUCAGUUUGAUCCUAAAAAUCAGGAUCACCCUGAUCCCACCUCAGAGGUGGAUUUGAGGGAGAUUACAUGUUAAGAUUUGAACAGUUGAAGUGUAACUGCUCCCAAAGUUCUUUGUUUAAUACAACUAAGCUUCACUGCUGUUUGAUCAAUGUUUAUUUCCUUUUCACGUUCCUUUUUUUUUUCUGCAAACAUGCACGCUGUUCACUGCAAUGCUUUAACAAAUCGGCGUCAGAAGUGCAACACAGAAUAAACAUUACACUACUGCGUGUAAGUGACAUUACAAACUCCAAUUAACAAGGAAUUAUGAAGGAAAAACAAUGUGAUUUAUUAAACAAACAGUGUUAAACUAUGCAGUAUACAUUUCAGUCUUUUAACUGCUUUUCCAGCAACUGAAUUCUUAACUUCACUUCUUCUUGUUUAAGAAGUGUUAGUUUGAUUUGUUCAUUUGUUAGAAUUAUUUGUUGCUGAGCCCGUUCCGUUUCCACCUUCAGUAGUUCAUUGUAGCCAUCCCCCUUCUCAGCUUGCCUUUUGCGCUUACAUGGUGGUGGUGGUGCCGGUGGAUUCCACAUCUCCUCCAAGACAGGGCUCUGGCUUGUGCUGGGCUCUUCAAAUGCCAGCCCCACAGGGGUGAGGGUGACCAAUUCAGCAGACAGGUUCAGAGGCUCCGUGGGGUCGAUUGACUCCCCUGUACCAGCUGGCAGUAUUCCAAACAAGACUUGGGAACUCUCACCUCCUAUGAUGUCCAAAACCGUAUCAGUGAACUCCCCACGUUUUAUGGACUUGUUCCCUGUUUGGGGGUUUUUCGCCUCAGAAUGGUCCUUCGUAGCCUUUUGCUUUAAGUUUUUCCACCUAAGCCGAACCUGCUCAACACUCCGCCGUUGGCCACUACCAGUGGCAUUAAUUUGCCUUGUUAUGUCGGCCCAUAUUUUAUUUUUUACUUUUGAGGACAGAGAACUCUGUCCAGGACCACUAAAACCUCCAAAAAGGGCCUGGUAAUUGGCACGAACACCCUCCAAAAGGGCCGUUGUCUCUGCUGUUGUGAAAUUACUUCCUUUAUUCUUCUCCAUGUUGUCUGAGAAAGCCCUAUCACUAAGGAAGGCCUUAAAUACCAUAAAGCUAAAUUGAAAGCAGGUGAGAAAGAACAGGUCACAGACUUUAAAACUGGGCUCGUUAGGUCAAUGACCUUUGCUUCUUCAACAUGACAUCCAUAGUACAUGUCCUGCGGCACCGUCAGAGACAAUACAAGCCUCGUCAGUAUGUCCAACGAGGUAAUUUCAUUGAGCAGUACUCAAAUGAUGAGCUUUAUGCACGGUUUAGAUUUCGAAGAGAAGAUAUUUUGUAUAUAUGGGAAAUUCUUCGCCCACAUCUUCAACGUCCUACAAGAAGGAGUCAUGCCUUAACUGUGGAGGAGCAGGUGCUUAUUGCCCUACGUUUCUUUGCCUGUGGAUCCUUCUAUGAAGUCAUUGCAGAUGGCCUGGCUGUGACAAAGUCUACAGUGGGAGACGUCAUGCAUUCAGUGGCAGCAGCCCUGGCUGGUCUAAUUCACCAGUAUGUGAGAUUUCCAGAUACUGAGGAAGAAAUAACACAAACCAAGAGAAAAUUCUUCUCAAUUGCCAGGAUGCCUAACACUAUUGGUGCCAUUGACUGCACCCACAUACACAUUCAGGCACCCCAUGAAAGAGAAUGGGAAUUUGUCAACAGAAAGGGACGGCACAGUAUCAACGUGCAGCUCAUAGGGAAUGCUGACCUUAAAAUAACCAACUGUGUUGUGAGAUGGCCUGGUUCUGUACAUGAUGCACGGAUUCUAAGAGAAAGUCAUCUCUACAGAAGACUGCAACAAACUGCGCCGGAUGGUAUCCUCCUGGGUGACAGUGGCUACCCACUUCUACGGUGGCUUAUGACCCCCUUUGCUACUGUCACAUGUGACCCACAGCAGAGGUAUAACAAUGCACACAGCGCAACAAGGGGAACAAUUGAGCGUAUCAAUGGUGUUUUAAAACGCAGAUUUGCCUGCCUGAACUAUCUUCGUGUGGAGCCGAAGCAGGCCUGCAAUAUAAUAUCUGCCUGCAUUGUUCUUCAUAACAUUGCCCAAUUGAGAAGAGUUCCUCUGAAUGAAGACAUCCUGGACAGACCACCACUUGAGGCAGAAGUACCACAGCUGCAGCCACCACCACCACCACAUCAAGCAGAUGAACCAGCAGGAAGAGCAGUUCGAAAUGCCAUGGUUAAUUUGUAUUUCUCUUGAUCCUCAUUGAUAAGGUCUGGUGCUUUUGUUUAACAAAACUUCGAUUUGUAUGUUUAAGUUUGAAUAUGAAUGCCUUAUUUAAGUAACAGUUUUUUUUGUUAAGUUACCCACUGAUAAAGGCCUCCACUGAAACUCUGUCUAAUGUUUUUAUUCACAUGCAUUCAGCACACACACUUAAUUUUCAUAGCCAAAGCUCAAAAAGUAAUGCCAUUUGGAGCAAGUCUGUGCAAGUCUCUUCCCACAGACAUCUGUAAAGUAAAUCUAAUAUUAAGGUUUUAGGGCUGUCCCCUUUGUUAACAACUGUUUCCUAAAAAGAUAUGUACAACACAUUUUAAAAUCUACACACAAUGCCUUGCGAGUGAAUGCAUUCAAAUGGACUGUGGACCGCGACAUACAGACGCUAGCCUAUUUACUAGCUUGUUAGCUCCUUAACACAGGAGUCAAUGGAGCAGCGUUAGCUCGCAUUAGCGCAAACUCUGCUUAAUUAGAGAUCGCCGAGCUCUUCUUUCAACUCUGUGCUGAUUUACAUAAUUGGUUAACUCAAUAUAAUGAUUGCCUUUCAUCUAGUCUGAGGACGCAUCAACACUGGCUAAGUUUAUACUUUAAUUCAGAGACAAUAGUUGAGCUAGCUUCUCCUUUUUCUGUAAAAUGUUGGCUCCAUUUCCUGUUUCCUGUCUGUGAUCCAGGGGGCGGGACGGAUUUGGACAUCCCAAUCUGCCGGUAUCAGGAUCACUCUGAUCCAAUCCAGCAAAGUUUUGAAAUACCGGGAUAGAUCAGGUUGAUCCGUGGCUGAGGACAGGGGGAUUUGGUUAUCCGGAUCAUUCUGAUCUGGAUUACAAGUUUUGAAAUACCGGCCCCAGGUGAUUAGCUAAUCCUGAUCUUGGUGUUUUGAGAAGUUUCUUGUUUGUUCUUGAUCUGUUCGAAUGGUUAUGUAUUCAGCCAUUAUUUUAAAAGAAUGGGCCUGUCGUUUGACGUUCCGUUUGAAUGAGUUUUGACCCGCUAAUCUUCCAAUCACGCUGCAGUGUUGGAUCUAAAGAAAGGGCCAGUCUGUAACUCUGAUCUUGGUGCUGUGUGGCAAUAGGUUCUUGUUUGAAAUUCUGGUUGAUUGAUUAUCCAUCCGACUGUUCAUAUUUUAACCAAAAGGCCAGUUUCUACGCUCGGUCAACCUUUUAUUUGUAAUUAAUUACAAACAAUUCGGACAUUUUUCAAUAUAAUAUAAAGAAAUUGUAUGAAUCGGCUUAUUGUCUGUAUUUAAGUCGUGUUAGGAUUAAGUUACCUCGGAGAUUUUUACGACCCGGUUUAUUUUUUGUUGAUUCUGUCAUAAAUAAAUUAGGCGGACAGAGAAUAGUUAAUUUGUUUGAAGUAAUUGAUAAUCAUAAAUAAAUUAGACGGAUAGAGAAUAGUUAAUUUGUUGAAGUAUUGAAUAAAUGUGUAAAUCUUCUUUGACUUAAACAUCCCCGCGCUGACUCUAACUGCACGUGCGCGAGCAAUCUCACAGGGUACGAGCAGGAGCCUGCAGGCCAGGCUUAAAGAUAACAGUGAAGGGUGGGGGCCACAUUCCAAUCUUCGGGAGGGAGACGAGCGCUUGGGAAGAGUUCACAUUUGUAGCUUAGAGAUAAUAAAGUAUUUAAACUAACUAGUAGGAUAAACUCAAAUAAAUUAAUAAUAAUUAAUAGUAAUAAUUUAAAAUGGCACCAACAGCGGUAGAGAUUUUGAGCAAAAACAAUCCAUUGCUCAGAGAUGAGAUAACAAGGAUCUCUGAGAAAUGGGAGAAAGGAACAGCUAAAACAAGCACGAUAUGGCCCAUGGGAGGGACUUUUGAUCCAAUAAUGUGUAGGGACAUGGAGGUAGUAAUAAGGAACUACAAACCUAACAGAAGUGGAAAAAAGGCCUUAGAGAUGAGAGACAGGGAAAGGUUAGUGCUAGCUUUGUUUGAAAUAGAGGGAGAGAGGUGGCGCGCAAUACAACGAGUGGCCAGAAAAAUAAUCACAAAGGAAGAAGAGGCUCAACCUUUGCCUCUGACGCUUGAGCCACCGCCGUACAAACCAACUAACAUGCAUCCACUGAUAACAGACAACGUGGAAUUUAAAGGGGAAG